GUUAGGGUUUCCCGGGGCUUGCUUGUCCUAGGUAGAGACAACCCGCUCACUUGCAUGCAAUGUCAUGAUCGAGCUACUCUGCUCUGCGUUCAAGAAGACUCCGAACUCGUACCUACAGCUCGUUAUACCAUGUUAAUGCUCGGACCGGUUGAACCGGCAAUGCUUUCGUUCCAUGAGGGGUUAGUUCAUGCCAGCCAAAGAGACCCAGCGGUACACGAGCUCGAGACAUGAAUAGCUCAUGCCAGUCCUGGGACGGGAGAUUCGAUCAUUCGAGAACACGCGAGAAAAAUAAUGAGAAGGACUAGGCACGCCAGCAGCCGGGGAACAUGGUAACCAGAGUACGUUUUACCCGGUAUGCGACGUCGACAGAUUUGACCCACCAUUGCAGAAAGAGGUGGUUAUACGAGAAGAAGGCUACAGAACAGGUCAAGGCCUGUCCAUCUCGAAAUGCGUGGCAUCGGAAGCAAUCGCAACGGGCAAAUUCAUCAACCUCCCGCCUGCAUGCAUGCUUCUCAAACACACCAGAACCCCAGGAAAUUUUUAUAUUGCCCACGGGCCAGGGCAGGCCGGUUCCUGAAUCCGAAGCCAUCUCUGUGCUUUGCGGGGGUCUGUCGUUGUUGAGUCGAACGUUGGAAAAGUCCACUCGCAUGUCCCCACCCCCGCAAAUUGAUCACCUUUUCGGAAUACGAGAACCCUGCUUGCCGCACGCAUUCUUCCCUGCCACACGGAAGCUUGUCUGCGCUAUUCUUAGCUCAAUUCGACGUUUAUCCCUUCCGAAUGUUCAGGAAACAAUUUCACGGGUACGAGCCGUUUUGCCAGACGAACGUCAGCGUAGCCACGGCGUCGAGACUUGAGAGACUUCUGGCUGGCCAUGCACACGUGUGGGCGUGUGGUGGACGUUUCGUACGACCUUUUUGCGUCGCUCAGCUGUGUAGGAGAUCUCGAAGUCCGUACCCCAAUGAGAAAGACAACUAGGGAUGG